AAACACGGUGCUCCCAGAGGGCGGAACUGAACGGCGCGACACCUCCGUACUGUAACAUUGAGAAACGACACACAUCGGUGUGUGUUUUUGUCCGUUUUACCGUUUCUGUUGUGGCCGCAGCGCUGCGUCUCUUCUCCAUGCUGCUGCUGCGCCGUGUUCCGGCAGUGAGCCGUGCGUUAGCGGGGUGGGGGCGGGGGUCACAGGGGGUAGGCGGCCUGCUUCAGCCCGCUGUCUCCUUCAGCAGCAGCCGCCGUCAUGGUGUCAGUUCGGACGGAGGCAGCACUCGGCCGUCAGAGGGGUCUGCUCCCGGGGGACUGUACCGAGACACGGUGCUCCUUCCACAGACGACGUUCCCCAUGAAGCUGACCGGACAGAAGCAGCUGGACCGGGAGCUGCACAUCCAGCAGGAGUGUAGAUUUGCUGACCUUUAUUCCUGGCAAAGGGAGAGGAAAGCUAAGAAGGAGUUCUGUCUCCACGACGGGCCCCCGUAUGCCAAUGGAGACCCCCACGUUGGACAUGCCCUCAACAAGAUCAUCAAGGACAUCCGUAACCGGUUCGAGAUGCUGCGGGGCCGGCAGGUCCACUACGUCCCCGGCUGGGACUGCCACGGCCUGCCCAUUGAGCUGAAGGCUCUUGGGGAGCUGGGCACCAGCGGGCUGAGUCCACUGCAGAUCAGACAGAAAGCCCGGGAGUUCGCCCAGAAGGCCAUCGCCCGUCAGAAGGCCGCCUUCCAGCGCUGGGGCGUCAUGGCCGACUGGGACCGGUGCUACCACACCUUCGAUGGAUCCUAUGAGGCCGCUCAGCUUAAAGUCUUUCAGGAAAUGCACAGCAAGGGCUUCAUCUAUCGGGACUACAAACCUGUGUUCUGGUCUCCGUCGUCAAGAACGGCCUUGGCUGAAGCAGAGUUGGAGUACGACCCCCACCAUGUCAGCAGGGCAGUUUAUGUCACUUUCCCCCUCAUCAAACUGCCCCCACAGAUGGAUGACUCCAAGCUGUCAGGAACAGAGAGUGUUUCUGUGUUGGUGUGGACCACACAGCCGUGGACCAUCCCUGCCAACCAGGCCGUGUGCUUUAUGCCCAAUGCCCAGUACUCGGUGGUGAAGAGAGCAGACAACUCUCAGCUCCUCCUAGUGGCCACUGAAUGCACAGCUGCUGUAGCAGCUCUACUCGGCACACGGCUGGAGGGUGUGAUGACCUUCACAGGCUCUGAUCUUAAAGGUGGAACGUGCAAACAUCCCACGAUCCCUGACAAGGAAGUGCCGUUACUGCCAGCCAACCAUGUGACUAUGGCCAAGGGGACGGGGUUGGUCCACAUCGCCCCGGCUCACGGCAUGGACGACUACAGUGUGGCGUCAAACUUUAAUCUGACUGUGGAUUGUUUGGUGGACGAGGAAGGAAGGUUCACAGAAGCUGCAGGUCCUGACCUCCAGGAUCUGUCUGUGAUGACGGACGGCACUGACAGAGUCAUUUCCAUGCUGGAGGACUGUGGGUCUCUGCUGAAGGAGGAGACGUGGACACACAGUUACCCAGUGGACUGGAGGACCAAACAGCCGGUCGUCAUCAGGCCCAGUAAACAGUGGUUCAUCAACACGGCAUCACUGAAAGACAAAGCCAAGGAUGCUCUGCAGAAGGUCAACGUGUUGCCUCAGUCAGCCAAGAGCAGCAUGUUGUCCAUGCUGGACAGACGGACGUACUGGUGCGUCUCCAGACAGCGCAGCUGGGGUGUCCCCAUCCCCGUCUUCUACCACAGAGAGACAGGAGAGCCUCUGAUCACAGAACACACAGUGUCCCAUAUAGCACAGCUCUUUAAGGAAAAAGGCAGCGACUGUUGGUGGGAGCUCCCCAUUGAGACUCUGCUGCCCCCGCAGGUGGUGAAGAAGAGUAAAGCAGGAGCAGCGGCGGACUACGUCCGUGGAGAGGAGGUGCUGGACAUCUGGUUUGACAGUGGAGCGUCGUGGGCUGCGGUGUUAGAAGAGUCCGACUCCAGGGCCGACGCCUACGUGGAAGGAAAAGACCAGAUCGGAGGCUGGUUCCAGUCCUCGCUGCUCACUAGUGUCGCAGUUCGGAACAAAGCUCCGUACAAGUCACUGGUGGUCCACGGCUUCACGGUCAGUGAGAAGGGGGAGAAGAUGUCCAAGUCGGUGGGCAACGUGGUGGAUCCAGACACGGUGAUCAACGGAGGACAGGACCUGCCGGCGUACGGGGCAGACGUCCUGCGUUGGUGGGUUGCAGAGUCCAACAUCUUCUCUGAGGUCCAGAUCGGUCCCGGUUCCCUCGACUCAGCCAGAGAGAACAUCGGCAAAUUACGGAACACUCUGCGGUUCCUGCUCGGUAACCUGCACCGCUUCGACCCGCCCUCCCAGGCUGUGGACUCCAAGGACAUGUACUACAUCGACCAGUACAUGUUACACCAGCUGCGUGACUACAGCAUGAAGGUCACAGACGCCUACAGUGAGUUCGAUGCCGGCAGGGUCGUCCGUCUCCUGCAGACCUUCAUCACCAGAGACCUGUCCAGUUUUUACUUCAGCAUCAUCAAGGACAGGUUGUACUGCGAUCCAGAAGACUCUGUGGGCAGGAGGUCCUGUCAGACCGUCCUGGAGGAGAUCCUGGACGGAGUCACCAGGUCUAUUGCCCCCAUCCUGCCCCACCUGGCUGAGGAGGUUUACCUUCAUGCACCCGGACAUGACGAGGGAGAGACUCUGUUCAGGAGCGGCUGGAUUAAGAGCAGCUCCGUGUGGCAGAGGCCGGGACUGCAGGAGGCCGUGGAGGGGGCGUGUGCCAUCAGAGACUCCUUCCUGUCUUCUAUCCCUGGGAAAAACUCUGCUCAGUACGACCUCACUGUCGCCAUCGAACCUGGUCUGCUGUUUGAACUGAUGGAGUCUCUCCAGGAGGAGCCCACCUCCACCUCCUCUCAGUUGGCUGAACUGAUGAUGGCCGCACGAGUCAACCUGACCAGUGAACUCCCCCGGGAUCUGCCCUCAGAUGCCCUACUGCACCACGGCACCUUCCUCAUCAACCUGGAGGGUAUCAUCCGUGAGGACAGUCCCUACAGUAUAGCCGUGGUUCCCACCACUGCCGCCCGCUGUCCGCGGUGCCGACGCUUCACCGCUGAGUCGGUGGACUGUCUGUGCCCGCGCUGCCACUCCGUCCUGUCCCAGAGCCACUGACGCGGCUGACGUCAGACACGGCGUCUGUUUGCUGAAGCUCCGUUAACGUGACCGUAGACCAAGGAUCGAUUCUGUAUGUCGUCAGCAUCAGAGGGCGGGAGAUCUGACUCCAGGUUGGGGGGGUGGGGGGUGCAGUGUAAACGACCCUCUGUUGGAGAACUGACGCCGAGUCACUCCAGGUCACGUGGUCGCGACAGGAAGUUAAUGUCUUUGAUUAUGUACCAGAGGAAAUGUUUACUGUGUAUUACUGCAAACUCAAAUACUUCACAAAAAAAACAUCCUUGAAUUGAUUUCAUUUUGUUGAUUUCCACUGGGGGGCAGCAGACCGACAGCUGUCUGUCAGUGAGGGCUAAUCUGAUCACGUGAUCGACGGGAACAAACCUUUACGUCACUGUAAUCAUGUUGCUGUCUUGUCUUUAUUUGGGUCUACAGUGAGACCAGGUCUACAGUGAGACCGGGUCUACAGUGAGACCGGGUCUACAGUGAGACCAGUACAGCUCUGUCUGUCUAUAAAUAAAAUUCUUGUUUGUUUAUCGA